GGGCCAGCGCCGAGGAGCCGGGGCGGAGCUGCAGCGCGGGCCGGCCGCUGAGCGGAGUGUGACUCCGUGGGCCUGAGGUGGGGUGGGGGGGUGCGGGGCAAGGCUGCAGCUGGCUGGGACUCGGGGGCUGGUUUCCUGUCUGGAAGGGAAGGGGCCCGCAGAGGGGAGCCGGGCAGCAGCAGACAGGCACAUCCCUGCCUUUCUCUCUCCCUUCCUCCCUUCUGCUGGAAAAGCAAGCUGGGAGAACAGCUGCCACCAAAGCAAGACUGGACACUCUGUACCCAGAGCCCCCUCUGCAGCUGGCCUCCCCUCCCAGGACCCCACUCAUCCUUACCUCACUUUCCUUUCCUCCGCUGCCUGGCUCCUACCAAGGCUUUGCAACAGCAAUAGGAGAGAAAAUUGUGUUACUGCAGCCAGAGGGGUCUAACAGAGUUCAGAGGGACAGGGACUUCUGCCUUCUACCCAAGAACUGGCCAUCUCAAGACCCGGGGAGCAGUGGGAGGAGGAACUGUGGGGCAGCGUGGUGCCUACCUGACCCCCCUCUGGAGGGGCCGACAAGGGAAGGGGCUCUGGGGGGCACAGAGAUGCAGGACAGAUUGCACAUCCUGGAGGACCUGAAUAUGCUCUACAUUCGGCAGAUGGCACUCAGCCUGGAGGACACAGAAUUGCAGAAGAAGCUAGACCAUGAGAUCCGGAUGCGUGAAGGGGCCUGCAAGCUGCUGGCAGCCUGCUCCCAGCGAGAGCAGGCUCUGGAGGCCACCAAGAGUCUGCUGGUGUGCAACAGCCGCAUCCUCAGCUACAUGGGCGAGCUGCAGCGGCGCAAGGAGGCCCAGGUGCUGGGGAAGACAGGCCGGCGGCCUUCUGACAGCCGGCUGUCUGCUGAGCGCUCCCCCUGUCGUGGUAGGGUCUGCAUCUCUGACCUUCGGAUCCCACUCAUGUGGAAGGACACAGAAUAUUUCAAGAACAAAGGUGACCUGCACCGCUGGGCUGUGUUCUUGCUACUGCAGUUAGGGGAACAGAUUCAGGACACAGAGAUGAUUCUGGUGGACAGGACCCUCACGGACAUCUCCUUUCAGAACAAUGUGCUCUUCACUGAGGCGGGGCCAGACUUUGAACUGCGGCUGGAGCUGUAUGGGGCCUGUGUGGAAGAAGAGGGUGCCCUGGCUGGCGCCCCCAAGAGGCUUGCCACCAAACUCAGCAGCUCCCUGGGCCGCUCCUCAGGGAGGCGUGUCCGAGCAUCACUGGACAGUGCUGGGGGCUCAGGGAACAGUCCCAUCCUGCUGCCCACUCCGGCUGUGGGGGGUCCUCGUUACCAUCUCUUGGCUCAUACCACACUCACCCUGGCUGCAGUGCAAGAUGGGUUCCGUACGCACGACCUCACCCUUACCAGCCAUGAGGAGAACCCUGCCUGGCUGCCCCUUUAUGGUAGCGUGUGUUGCCGCCUGGCAGCUCAGCCUCUCUGCAUGACUCAGCCCACUGCAAGUGGUACCCUCAGGGUGCAGCAAGCUGGGGAGCUACAGAAUGGAACAGGAGUAUAUGGAGUCCUGAAAGGCACAAACCUCUUCUGUUACCGGCGACCUGAGGAUGCAGACACUGGGGAAGAGCCGCUGUUUACUAUUGCCAUCAACAAGGAGACUCGGGUCCGGGCAGGGGAGUUAGAUCAGGCCCCUGGGCGGCCCUUCACCCUCAGCAUCAGUAAUCAGUACGGAGAUGAUGAGGUGACACAUACCCUUCAGACAGAGAGCCGGGAAGCCUUGCAGAGCUGGAUGGAGGCAAUGUGGCAACUUUUCUUUGAUAUGAGUCAGUGGAAGCAGUGCUGUGAUGAAGUCAUGAAAAUUGAAAUUCCUGCUCCCCGGAAACCCCCCCAAGCACUGGCCAAGCAGGGGUCCUUGUACCAUGAGAUGGCUAUUGAGCCGCUGGAUGACAUCGCAGCGGUGACAGACAUCCUGGCCCAGCGGGAGGGCACAAGGCUGGAGACACCCCCACCCUGGCUAGCAAUGUUCACAGACCAGCCUGCCCUGCCUAGCACUUGCUCGCCUGCCUCAGUGGCCCCAGCCCCAGCUUGGACCCACCCCCAGCCCUGGGGGAGACCCAGAACCUUUUCCUUGGAUGCUGUCCCCUCAGACCACUCCCCUGGGGCUUCUCGCUCGGUUGCCCCCCUUCCCCCUCAGCAAUCCCCCCGGUCCAGAGGUCUCUGCAGCAAAGGUCUACUCCGCACUUGGCUUCAGUCACCAGUGUGAGAGAAAGGUGUUGGCAACAGGAUCUGGCCAGAAAAGAAAAUGAUCCACAUGCAGUUGGGCCCUGGAAACAGCACUGCCUGUACAAAGUUGGCCAGUCUGGCCUUCUGUUCCUCGGCUGGACUAGGAGUAGAUCAGGAGGGGAACAGAAGCCCUUCUUAAGUUGUGGUUGCCAUGGUACUGAAGGGACCAUUAUCAGAACUGGCUGGGACCUCCUAAACCCUUCCUGGGAAGAAACUGGAACAACCCUGCCCUACCUCCCUGCACUAACCAGCUUUGAGGAUGGCACUGAAAAAGCCCUGGGAGGAAAUGGACCUCCUUGUGACUCCUAUACCUACCAUUAAAGUUAUUUAACAGCAGCCUUCACCUGGUUCCUUAGGAAA